AUGUGCAGUGCAAGGAGCUGAGAACUAACUGCAACGCACAAAUAUAUAUACACCUGAAUGGACUCUACUAUUGCAAGUGUUUCACACACAAUUCUUGAGAUAGAUAUAGAUUCUUAGUUUCCUCCCAGUGCCAAUGACGCCUCUUAAUAAUCUCUGCAAUUUUCGUGUCAAGAAGCAGUACUACAACCCCAGGUGCUUGAUCCCCGCCGUCUCUCUCCUCCUAUUCGUCGUCAUCCUCACCGUCUCUAAUACAUACUUCCCCUUCCCGACAACUAAGUCGCGAACACUGUCUUACUCUUCCUUCUCCUCCUCCCCCGGUGGGCAGAAGGCCGCCGACGAGGCCUGCAACAUAUUUAGGGGAGAGUGGGUUCCGGAUCCUGAUGCACCUUACUACACCAACAACACCUGCUCGGUCAUCCACGAGCACUAUGACUGUAUGAAGUACGGAAAGCCGGACCUUGGCUUCGUGCAGUGGCGGUGGCGUCCCGACAGUUGUGAUCUCCCCCGUCUCGACCCGGCGCGCUUCCUCUCCUCCAUGAGGGGGAAGACCUUGGCCUUCAUUGGGGAUUCCCUUGCCAGGAACCACAUGAACUCCCUCAUCUGUCUACUGACCAGGGUCGCCGAGCCGACGACGAGCUGGCCGAGCAGCGAGCACACGGUGUACCACUACGGCGGCGGCUACAACUUCACCGUCCUCAGCUUCUGGGCGCCGUUCCUGGUCCAGAACGAGCUCGUCGACGCCGACGGGCCGGCGCACACGGGCCUGUGGAACCUCUACCUCGACGAGCCCGACGCAGUGUGGGCGCCGCACGUCCCGGCGUUCGACUACGCCGUCGUGUCGGCGUCGAGCUGGUUCUACCGGCCGUCGAUGCUGUACGAGGCCGGCCGGCUCGUGGGCUGCCACCACUGCCUCCUCCCCAACGUCACCGACCUCACGCUGCGGUACGCGCUCCGCAUGGCCACCCGCGCCGCGCUCCGCGCCGUGGUGGGCGGCGGCGGCGGCGGCGGCGUGACCGCCGUGCUUCGGACCGUGUCGCCGUCGCAGUACGAGGGCGGGGAGUGGAACAAGGACGGGAACUGCGUCCGGACGCGGCCGUACCGGCGCGGCGAGAAGACGCUGCAGGGCGUCGAGCUCGACUUCCACACGCUGCAGGUGGAGGAGUUCGAGGCGGCGAAGAGGGCGGCGAGCGGCGGUGGGGCGAGGAUGAUGCUGAUGGACACGACGGAGGCGAUGAUACUGCGGGCGGACGCGCACCCGAGCAGGUACAGGGGAUGGACGCGUCGCAAGGGAUGGAUGAAGGAGUACUUCACCAUCUCCAACGACUGCGUGCACUGGUGCGUCCCCGGCGCCGUCGACGCCUGGAACGACAUGCUCUCACACAUGUUGCUCACAUCGCAAAGCUAGUUAGUUAGGUUAUUGAUCAAACGAACGUAGCAGCCGAAAAAAACAGAGAAAAAUACAUUCACUCCUGAAUUCAGUCUAGAAUUUCAAAA